UCUUGAUGAAAAAAAUAGAAUCUAGCAAUUACAAUUUAUUUAUUUAUAAUUCCAUUUUUAUAAAUUUCAUUAUUAUUCAUUUUGUUAUCUAAUCGCAAUACUGAUCUUUCUGUUUCUAGUGGAUUCAUCAUGAUCAACGACCAGAAUGCAUCCCUCGCACUCGAAAUAUUCAUGGAAAAAAGUCUUCUUAGAUCCUACUAGUACUAAGCUUUCUCACUACAUCACUUUGGCUUUCGCACAUACUGAUAUCUCUCCUUUAAGGAAAAACAAUGGCGCCAGGACGAAAGAUUUGGGCUAUGGAAUUGGCGGUGGUGAUGCUUGGAGUGUUGGCUAUGGCACAGCAGUCCAUGCAAUACCCUCUUCCUCGGUAUGCCCAUAGGAACAGAGACGAAGCUUCAGCUUUCGGUAUCAUUGUCACUUUCAAGCUACAUGUUGCUGUAACACUGCAAAUAAUGGCCAUGAACUUCAACCUUCGAGGAAUCAUUCAUUAUGGAAGUGCUGGAGCCACCAACGAGACGUUGGAACUUGGCACUGUUCAUGUUCCUGCCCUUGUUGCCUUCUUAGGAUCUUGGGAAUGGCUGAGCAAAGACUCGAAAACCAAAGGCCAGCUUGAUAUUGGAGAUUUCAAUUAUCCAGUGAAUGGUGAAAAUUUGCUGGGAAGCGUAAAAUAUGAUGAUAUAGAAGUGUAUGUUAAGGACACACUAGAGGAGCGUUUCUGGCUUCCAGUUCAUCAUGAAUGGCUUUAUUAUGCUGCCAAGAUUAAAGUAUUAUUUUCCUUGAGGUUGAGUCAAGAGAAAACUGCAUCAUCCCGUCGUCAUCAAAUUGCCUACCUCCACCAUACGAAGUGGUAGUUGGACUGAAUGCUUCUAGUUCUGAUACUUAAGUAAACAACCCAUCAUACAGAGAGUUCCUCUACAAGACUUUCAGGGUCUCAACUGUUGAUACAUCUGCUAUUGCUGUUGCACUGGGAGCUUAUUUAAAUGAUCUGCCUUUCAUUGUAUUCCAUGGAGUUUCAAACAACGCAGGUGCUGGAAAUUCAACAGGAGCAAGCACUUUGGCCAACACAAAUGCUUUGGAAGCUGUAACCCGUUUCAUAUGGCUGCUAACUGUGCCACGCGCCGCUCAUUGAGUAUUGAAUCAUAUGCAUGUAAAUUUGUAAUAUGGCCAGCUUUGCCCCUCUUAAGUGAACACUUACAUAGACAAAAUAAAUUACAUUAAUAUGUAAUAUUAUCAAUUAAUUAUUAUAUUUAUAUUAA